CGGCCGGACUCUCCGCCCAUCAUGGUCAGCACUGCUGGCUGGCCGGGUUGCAGUUGGAGUUUCUUUGUGACUCUGAGUCUUUUCAAUCCGUUUGGGUAUCCUAACAGGCGAGGAAUAACACUGAUGGUGGUUCCCAAGGUGAUGAAGCUCCAGCAUCUCAUUGCAAUUGGUGUUUAUCUUUUCCUGUGGCAUCAGUGCAGCACCUGAAGAGGACCACGUGUUCUAGGAGCAAUUCUUUGCUAACUGCCUUUGAAGAAUAAUUUGGGAAUGGAGGAAGACCAAAGGGAGGCAGUGGCAAGUCUGACACCUUUGGCAGUAUCUGCUGAUGAUCCACAGAGCAUGUCAGAUGUUCAGCAAAACCUAUCAGAUGAAGAUGCUUUUAAACUUCUGUGGGAGAUGAAGAUGCGAAAAAGACAAGGGAAACCAAAUCUACCAGAUACUGUUACUGAACUUGGCACAGAAGAUGGCUGUAAAGUCUAUCUAGUUGGCACAGCCCAUUUCAGUGAGAGUAGCCGAAAAGAUGUUGUGAAGACUAUUCAAGAGGUACAGCCAGAUGUGGUGGUUGUGGAACUAUGUCAGUACAGAGUCUCCAUGCUCAAAAUGGAUGAAAAAACAUUAUUAAAGGAAGCCAGAGAAAUCAAUCUAGACAAGUUGCAACAAGCUAUAAAACAGAAUGGAGUAAUGUCUGGAUUAAUGCAAAUGCUGCUAUUGAAGGUCUCUGCACACAUCACUGAACAGCUGGGCAUGGCCCCAGGUGGUGAAUUCAGGGAGGCCUUUAAGGAGGCUGGAAAAGUGCCUUUUUGUAAGUUUCACCUUGGGGAUAGGCCCAUCCCCAUCACUUUUAAAAGGGCCAUUGCUGCACUUACCAUCUGGCAAAAGGUUAAAUUAGCCUGGGGUCUCUGUUUCCUCUCUGAUCCUAUCAGUAAAGAUGACGUAGAAAAGUGCAAGCAAAAAGAUCUUCUCGAACAGAUGAUGUCAGAAAUGAUUGGAGAGUUUCCUGACCUUCAUCGUACAAUUGUUGCUGAACGGGAUGUUUAUCUAGCCUACAUGCUGAAGCAAGCAGCAAAGCCAUUAGAACUACCUCUGGCUUUAGGACCUGAACCCAGUCAGCAAAUACCAUCUGUUGUGGUAGGAGUCGUUGGAAUGGGUCACAUACCUGGAAUUGAAAAGAACUGGAAUAAUCUACUAAAUAUUCAAGAAUUGAUGAGUGUUCCACCGCCAUCAUUAGCUACUAGAGUGAUCAAGUUUGCUGUUAAAGCAAGUCUUAUGGGACUCGUUGGUUAUGGCUGCUACCGUGUAGGAAAAGGGACCAUUCAUUUAAUAUUGUCAAGGCCAUUUAUACAGAGUUACCUCCACAAAUUUACAAACUAAAUAUUCUAACUGAGAGCAAAACAGUCGGAAGAUGACCUUUUACUUGGUGAUUAAAAGAAGUGCUGAAGGCAAAUAUGCAGGAGAUUUUCCAAUGUUUGUAUUAAUUCUUUGAAGUCAAUAACGUGAAUGAUACAUGACAUGAUGGAUGAACUUUAGAAGCUGCACCAUCUGGGACAAGAUGUAAUCAGUCAGAAAAUUUAUCAAUGCCAUUCUGCGUAAAAGCACCUCCGUUCUAACUUUGAGGACUCCUGUAACAUGAAUGGCUUUAUUUCAGUCAUCAAAUUAAUGUAUUUUUAAUUCCCAUCAGUUUUGGGGGUGGUGGGGAAAUUAACUUUGCCAAUGUGCAUAUUUUGAAAUAUUGCAAUAGUAAUAUCUAUUUUAAUUUAAAACAACAUUAAGAGACCCAUGGUUCAACUGUUGCUUUAAAAUCAUGUUCAAUGCCACUGAGAAAAUCAUGUGAUUAUCUCAGAUCUUCUUUAUAAACCAUUAACGUGGACAGAACUGUUUAGUAACUUUACAGACUUUGAUACAAACAUUUUGUCAUAAUGUCCAUAUAGUAAUAGCUGUCUGGUUUACAACACAAGUUGUUUUUAGAUCUCUUAAAAUAUUUGUUAUUUUUUUCAUUAGAAUCUAUUCGUUCACAAACCUUUUAUUUGGAUAGGUGAUGGAAUUCUAUUAAAACAAAUAACUAUUUAAAAUUAUUUAUGAUUCACUUGUUGAAACUAACAUGCAUUCACAAUCGUUGUUUGCCCUUUUUUCGUAAAAUAUUUCAAGCAUGGCUAAAAUUUGAUUUUUUUUCCCUUGAUAAUCUAUACCCUUCUCCCAUCUCUUAAUAGGCAGUGUUAAACAGGUGUUGGGUAUCUCCAGUACAUUAGUUAGUUUUCCACAAUUCACAUAGGAUGAGUUGUAAUGAGUUAUUUCACAAUGAGGGAUAUUGCAGACAUACCAUGGCCUUGUUAAAUAUGUAUGUUUCCACUUGAGUAUGAUAUUGUCUAGUGCAUUGAGAAACUAUUUCUGCUCCUCACCAAAAUCACAACCAACUUGCUGAGCCAUUUGAAAUUAAAAAGAUACAUAGCAGCAAGAAGGUAUGAACUGUGCUUUUGUAGCUUCUUUGCCCCACAAACUCCCAUCCCUAUCCCACCCUUAGCACGUAAAGUAAUGCUUACAGGAUUCAUCAUAGCCAAAAAAUGCUGCCUAUGAAUAGAAAGCAACAACUGUGAGGCUUGUAUCUGAAGCAUAAGGUUUUAGGCUUUUGUGAAUUCUAUCAUGUUAUGCCAUUUCUACUCAUGCUACCACAUAGUCAUUUGCCAUUGUCACGGUCUGUAAACUUUACUUAAUCUUAUAGGUUACUUUAAUUCAGAAUUUGUAUCUGUGUUAAGUGUCUAUUUUCAAGUCAUCAAGGAAUGUAGAAAGUGUUACCUAAACAAUAUAAACUAUGUGCACUUUUUGUGAAUCUGCAUUGCCUUGAUAGUGCUUGCUUGACUACUUAUAUUCUCUAUUUGUAGGACCAGUGUUACCUUCAGCAAGGAAGCAUUAUCCUCAGGUUAAAUUCUGUAAUGCAGAAUGUGCAGGAAAGUGUUGAGUAAAAAGCAGUAAUUUAUUACUUCAUAUUGGGGAUUUAAUUGCACAUUUUUCAUUUUGAAUAGUAGAAUUGUGUGUAACAUAUUUGUGUAUGACCAUACAAUUCUCAAAGAGAAAAAGGGUCAAUAAUUAGUUUUCUGUUGGCUUUGGGUGUUAGGGAAACAAGAAAUGCAUCUUGGUGCCUUCUGUAGAUGGGUGUGAUGAGUACUACAAAGCAUCUCCAUUUGUAUCUCUGGUGCAACUAAGUUUUAACUUCUUAAUAAAAUUAUCAUGGAAAUGGGAGGGAGUGAAAAGGUGCAAUGAAAAAUAAUGUUUGCAUCAGGAAACUGUAAUGUCUCCUGCAUUAAACUACCAGAGUGCUACAUUUACAUUUCCUCUUUAUUGAUUUGAAUCAGUUUCAAAUAUCUUUACUGAAGGGAGAAACUGCAUGUUAAACAGUAACAUAUUAGAUUUGGAGCCGAAUGCAAUGACCGAUCCAAAUGUAAAAUUAUGGAUUACAAAAGCCUUUGAGAUGGUAUAUAUAGUUAGAUUUCUAAUAUUUUAAGUAUUUUGUGAUUUUAGACACCACUUAUGAUUAUUGUCAUGCUAAUGGAGUGAAGCUACAUUCUCUAAGCUUUUGAUAGCAUUUUAGAGCAAGUGGAAUAGUCUUUCCUUUUUGCUUUGCUCUGGUAUUACAGUAAACUUUUUAUUAACUGGCACUUAUGAGAUCAGGUGUGUUGUCAGUUGAUGAAAUAUUCCGGAUAAUCAAGAGGUAUGCAUAACCGCAGUAGACACUGACCAAGCAAAGCUUCGAGGCAUCAAUACCCCUCAAAAAAAAAUCCAUGUAAAAAUACCACACACCUCCUAAAAUAAACAAACAUAAAGACACACAGUAAGUAAUAUAAAUGUAAUGCAGGGGUACAUACAUCACAUGUAUACAUUUACAGCAUAAAAACUCAAACAUCAGAGCAGAUUGCAGUAAUUGAGUUAUAUAAUUUCUGCUGGUUUAAUCAACAGUGCCAGUUAAAGGAAAGUUUGCUGUGUUCAAUUUUCUUAAUACAAUUAAACUCAGAUAAAUGGGAUGUAAUUUAAAAUGGAUAAAUUGUCAAUCCCACAAAAAUGUCCUUGCUGUUCCAACUCCAGGUUCUACAGACUAAAUUGUAUGUUAAAUGGCUGGCGACAUAGCCAUGCUGUGUUUUUCAAUUUGUUUUCCCCAUAAAGACAAAACAUAUCCAUUGAAUUCCUUCACAAUUGAAAUAAUUUAAAAUGAAAUUAGAUGUUUCGUAGUGCUUGUGGACUACAAAUAAUCACACCCUUCUGCUUUACAUAUAACUGCAAGGAAAAUUUCCCAUGGUAGUGUUUCUUAAUAGAAACAGUUUGGGGUUUCCUUAUUUUUGAAGCUUUUUACACACAAUAUACACUCUGUUUUUAUUACAGUGUACUGCAAUUCAGAUUCACCCUGAAAACUUACAAACUCUGCCUUACAUGAAAACUUGUUCAAAUAAAACUAUUACUGAGCAUUUUUUUUUGUGAUAACAUGAGUUGCACACAUAAGUGUGAAAGUUUGAAAGGCACGUUAUUAAUUUAACACAAAUUUGUGUAUUACCUGUCAUAGUAAUCUUGUAAAACAAUGUUUUCCAGUUAAAAAUAAAUCUGCAUUUUAUUAAAUGAAAUGUAAAGAUAAAAUGGGUUUAUUAAGACUACUUAUAAUCAUCCUCGGUUGUGACGAAGAUCAGUGGAUGUAGUCCAUGUACGUAAUAUACGUGCGAGUUAAUGAAAUUCAAACCAUAUUUGGGGAAUAUCCAAAUCGAACAAACACAUGGAUACAACAGUAUUUUGGCCUGCACUUUCCAGAACAUAAAUGCUUAACACUACCUAUGAAUACCAUAUAUACUCGUGUAAAAGUCGAAUUUUUAAGACUUUAAGGUUAAAGUUAUGGGGUUGACUAUUACAUGGAUACUACUUUUGAGAGGCUGAAAUUCUUGCUAUAAUCCAAAAUUCUGUAUCAUUAGCGGAAGUCUAAUUGAUCUCUAAACAAAAAAAAAAUUAUGGUAAUUGCUGCUCCACAGUUAUUCGUCGUCUUUGCAAUUUCAACAAUUUUCAGUUUAAAUGCUGCUGUAUUUCUUUUGCUUUUUCUGGAGGGCAUUUUUACACAAAAUGAAGAGAUUUUAAAACCUCAACUGGGUAUAUGACUAUAUUCCAUGAGUGUUACAAGGGAACUGAGCUCAGAUGAGCUACACGCACCUGACUCUGACCUGAUGCGUCUUAAAGUUUCCCACCAAUUUCUUCCAUUUCCCUCCGUUUUCUCUCGCCUGCAGUUGUUUUAGUUUUUCAAACUAACAUUUUAAGCUUUAUUUCUCAUAAAAACGUUACCUGGUAUUUGACUCUCAUACAGUCUGACUGAUUAUUGUAGCUGUAACAUUUAUGUACAGGAUAUACAUUGGCUCAUAAAUGUUGACCUGUUACCUGCAAAGAACUACGGUUGACUUUUACACGAGAUAUAUGGAAAAUUCCAGAUUUUUUUGACCAAAAAUAGGGGGUCAAAUUUUACAUGAGAUCAACCUUUUCUUGAGUAUGUACGAUAAUUGAAAAUGUGGCGGUUUGAUGAGGUACAGCAAAUCAUUGUUGAGAUCUUAAGUUCUAGUGCAGCCAUUCCUGUUUCUCAGACUGUUUGCUGAAAUGCUUUUUGAUUUUGAGGUUACAUUCUCUGAAAAGGAGGCUGUUUUCAAAAUUUGUACCAAAAAUUGAUAAUUAAAGAGUGUUAUCUACUGUAUGAUGCCUUGUUGGGCUUCAAUUCAGCUUCUCAGGUACUGUAUUUUCAUUUUUAAAAAUAUCAGUGAUUGCAACUUCUCCUUGGUUGGAUCUUGAAAUGUAAAAAGCCAUGUUUUCCAGAGAUCCUGCUGUGGGGUAUGUUUUCUGUGUCAUGUAUCUCUCCUGUAAUGUAGAUAUCAAAAUUGAGCCUUUCUUCAGAUUCUGUAGGAUUGUGCCUUUUAACUGCAACAUGUUCUGGGAUAUUGAAAAUCAUAAUGAAAACACAAGUGUAGAAAUAAAGUUUUACAGAGAUUUUAAA